CAGCCUUGCCAGAUUUCCCGCCCAUAAGCAGACUUUUGGCAUUGCCCAACACAGUUAUCAAUUCAGCGCCCACAAUUAUGUUCUCGCCCACGCGUGCCCUGCGCCCCGCCCUCAACCGCUGCUACAGUCAGAUCAAGGGCGGACCCGUUUCCGGCGGCGGUCGACCAAGUGCACCAGGAUCUGGAUCCGCAUCACCAGCCGCAUCUGGUCCAUCCUCGCCAGCCGUCGUGGGAUUGAGCAGCAACUGCGUGAAGCCCACAACUGCUCCAGUGGGACCCGGUGCCUCUGCCACCAGUGGCUACAAGGUGCCCGAGUACUUCAGCUUCAAUCGCUUCAGCUACGCAGAGGCGGAGGUGGAGAUGGCCAAGUACCGCUGCCCCCAGCCCUCGGCCCUCAAGUAGUUCCAGCCAAUUGGAAGCAAAUUGUUAAUGUUAAAUAAAAACUAGAAAAGAG